AUACAAGCAGGAAUGGUGGGUGGGUGUCGUGUAUUUUUAGGUUAAGAUAAAAAUAUGAUUAUAUCAUAAAAUAUAGCAAGAUAAAAUUAAAAAUGAAAUUUAGUCAUAAAAUGGAAUCAGUGUUACUUGUUAUAACCACAAUAUUGUGUACAUUACUGUUAAUGAAAUUGUUUUACAAUUUGCGUUCGGCUGUAUUAUGGCGCGUGAACUGUUGGUUUUGUAACAAUAACUUUUGGAUAAAAUAUAUUCAACGAAACUGUUGGACGUGUCCAAAAUGCGAACAAUAUAAUGGUUUCACCAAGGAUGGUGACUACAACAAAGUAUUAAUAAGUCCAGUUGAUCAGAUUAAAACACCAAAUGUGUUUCAUAAGAGCCCUGCCAAAAAUGGACUCUGCAAGAUGUGUAAUAUAAACCAACAGUUGAAGGUGACACAGCUUGCCAACUUUGUUCCUAUGAAUGAAAACAAUUUCGAGCAAGAAAUUGAAUUUUAUAAAGCACAGCUAGAGAAAGCAUACAAAUUAUGUAGUCCAUGCAGAAAAGUACUACAAACAAAAUUGCACAAAGAAAAAGAAUCUCUUCUGGGAUCAAAAUUAUUAGAAGCUAGGACACCAGAGAAAAAGAAUAAUAAGAAAGAAAAACAGAAUGAAAUUGUCCGAAAUGCUAUAAAUAAUAUAUCCAAUGUUGUUGCUGCAUUACUGAUAGUACUAGUGGCAAUUGAGCUUUAUGGAAAUCUAAAGAAACAUGAUAGUCUGUACAAAACAAUAUGUAACAUAGAGAGUAUUUUAUAUAAUUUUCUAGAAAGAAUAUUUUCCAUUGUAAAAAUGAAGACACUGUUGACAUUCCCAUACUUAGAGGACUAUCUCUUUGACACACAUAAUAUAUUAGACAUAAAUUUAAUCAGCUUUAAUACAGGAUUUAAUGACUUGACACAAAAAGCUCUAGGAAGCUUUGGAUGCUGUUUGCAAAUAAUAGGACAUAUGUGGAAUAUAAACAAAUUGAACUAUUCAAUAUUUAUCGACUUACUGUGGACAGUAUUUGUGACUACCUCCUUAACAAAUUACUUUGUGACUAAGAACAUGUUACUUAUUAGCGUUAUUAAAUUAUCUGCACUAUUGGCAGUGUUCCUUGUGUAUAGAAGUAUGAAAGUCAAGCCUGUGAAAAUUGUUCCCAAGAUCGCACCAAAGAAAUUGAAUCUUACCAAUGGGUCAACCAAAAUGCACACAAACAAUGAAGAUAUAUCUUUUGACACUGAUGACGAUGUGUCUCUAAGUAAAUUUGGUUUGCACAAUUUUACAAACUCCUCCACUGAAACUCUCAGUCCAUUAAACAGUAGUUUUACAAACGGCAGAUCUUUCACUCCACGCAACGACAGCCUCUGGAGUAAGCCGAAGCACAAUUCCACAUUUAGCGUUAAUUCAGUUACAACAAAAAGCCCCUCACCACUCUCAGAAACAGUAUUUAUUAAGCCAGCAUUUAACAAAUAUCAGAAUCUUGCGAAAGACGAUUCCGAUUCUGAUUUAGACGAAAGUAUUAGUUCCUUGUGUAUAAGCAGCCCUAAGAAGAAAACUUCCAAAACAAAUCCAGUAUUUGCUUUAAGAAAAUUCACUGCCUCUCCGAACUUUGCUACUCCCAUGCCAAUAAACAGAGGUAGACCUCUCAUAUCACCCAGCAAACUGGGUUAUAGUACUUCUUGGGUAGCCGGCGGCUACUGGGGUUCUGACGGUGAACGACACCUAUUCAAUAUCAAUGGCAGUCGUUCAUCCAGCCAGAGUUCAGGGUUUGAAUCGCAAACUUCCAGUAUGAACCAGAGAAAUGUAUUCUCGCAGCCUCCAUCACGAGAGGAGUCUAUAUGUGGUGAGCCAGAUAGGACAUCCAUAUUGCUAGAUAGGUUUCAAAAUUGUAAUAUGAAUUAUGCACAAAAUCCCCAAAACUUCACUCCCCUUUCUUCUCCUGUGUUUCCUCAAAUGCAAUACAAUAACCACGUGAGGAUACCUCAGCCGAGAUUCUCCCAACAGAGCUUCGUAUCGCAAGCGGUGCUGUCUCAGCAACACAACAGCAUGUUCAAAACCCCCGGCGGGUCCGGACUGAUCAAAUUGCCUCAAGACAAUUCUUUCACGUCUCACUAAUGCUCAACCGCUAGUCACUUUACUAACUUUCGACUAACAAUAUUUUUUUAUAUUUUAUUCUUCGAACGAUUUUUUUUGUACUAAAGUUCCAUUGACUGCCAUUAUAAUUAAGAAAUGUUUUGUUAAGUUAUCACAUUCAUUAGUUUUAAGUGGUUGUGUAUGUUAGAGUAAGAGUAGGUGUUAGUUAUAUUUUGCUGAUCUCGUGUUGGUGCCAGGUGUUGGCUAUAUGAAAGCAUUAAGAAUUAUUGUAUUGUUACGAUUUUUAUAUGGACGUCACUGUCCUUUUGAACAAAAUGUGAUAUGUAAAGACUAGUAAUUUUUCUGAUAAGAAAACUAAAUGAUUCUUGAUGUUAUCAUUUUUUUGAUUUUGUCAUCUUAAAACGGAAACUUUUUGUGAAGCUCCUGAAAUAAAAUAUCAAACAUA